AUGGCAGGCGUGCAGCCGCCACCCCUCCGGAGCCUGGAUGAUUUCCUCCUGAGCUCGGCCCGGUUCGCCGUGCCCGAUGUGCGCGACCUGGACCGCUGGAACAACCGCAUCAUCAACAACCUGCUGUACUACCAGAGCAACUACCUAGUGUCGGCGCUGGGCCUGCUGCUCGUUGUUGGGUAUUUCCGGCCCCUCCAGUUGCUCGUCGGGGCGACGGUGGUCACCUUGUUGUUCCUGGGCUUUGUCUGGGUCGCUGAGAACCAAGCUCCCAUUCGCCGUUUCCGUAGAAACCACCCAUCGAUCUCUGUGCUGGCCAUUCUCCUGGCCAGUUACCUCUUCAUGACGGUGCUGGGAGGUGUGGCCGUGUUCCUGUUUGGGAUUGCCUUCCCCGUACUGAUGGUUCUGGUCCAUGCGUCGGUGAGGCUGCGCAGCCUGAAGAACAAGCUGGAGAACAAACUGGAGAGCAUCGGCCUGAAGAGGACACCCAUGGGACUCCUGUUGGAGGCAUUGGGUCAGGAACAGGAGGCCGGAUCCUAGAGGGGGAAAGAAGAAGAAGAGGAGGAGAAGAUGUGCUGGUGUGUGUUUGGGGGAGGGCAGAUAAAUGGAUGUGAGGUGGGCGGAGAAUGGGAAGAGCAGGGAAACACAUAGGAGGAGGAGAGAAUUAUUGCAGAAAAGAACGUAGAAGUAGAAAGAAACAGUCAGGAACAAAUGAACUAACCGUAGACUUGUUCUGUGGUCCAAUAGGAAGAGGACAGAUGAAAAGAAUAGAAAUCAUCAUAACAAACAAAUGAUCGAAUCAUCCCCGAUCUGCUUUUUGCACUCUAAGCACACAUUGUGUUGUUUCAUUUAUUUAGACAUGAUACAUUUCUAUGUUAACUGUAAGUGUUCGGUGUCAUAGCCAAAUGGGCAAAUCCAUUAUGUAUGUCCACAUUGACUAGUGCUCUUUAUUUUUUAUUUGUGCCUACAACUCUCAUCUAAACGUUGAUCUCAGAUCUGUCUGAGCGCCUGUGGAGCUAUUGCAUUGAUAAAGCCCUGCGAGAAAAAGUCAACGGAUUGCAACAGUAGUCGUAAUUUAAUGUUAGAAGGUUUAAUGUUUUGAGAAUAAAGUCGUAAUUUUACGAGAAAAAGUAACUAGUAGCUAGUAGUAGUGACUGCUCUCCAGUCGGAGCUUAAAACACAUCCAGUUAUGGACUUACAGGUUACGUGUCAUUAUCCUUCCAAUAAUCACUUUAUUCAACUAAUGGCUUAUUGGUUAAAAAACAACAACUAUAACUAAUUGCCAUCCACAUCUCUCAUUCUGACACGUUAAAGCUGACUGAUGUGUUUACUACCACAUUUAAAAUCUCUUAAUUUUACUACUUUGUUCUUGAAACAUUAUUAGGGGGGUUAUUCUAAUCUUACAACUUUACUCCUUAAAGCAGUACAAUGUACAAAUUACAAUUUUAUUUAUAAAGUAUUUGUAGAAUUGUAGAAUUACAACAUCUUAUAAUUGCAUUCCUUUUUUAUGUAGAGAAACAACUUGAUUCUUUAAAUAUUUCAACUGUUUCUCAGAAAAUUAUAACGCUACGCUCAAAAUUAAAAGUAGUAAGACUUUGUUUUUUUCUUAAAAUCUCUGACCCCCCUACUCCCUAUAGUGCCCCUAAUGCACAGUGGCCUGAUAUCUUCAGAUUUAUUAUCUACGUCACCCCCAACAGGGUCUCACAUUCAUGUGCACAGCAGGAAAACCAAAGUAAUGAUCCUCUGCCAAGGAUGUGGUAGUUAUACAAGUAUUAAUUAGCCUUUUCCUUCUGUCAUCAAAGAGAAACAGAAUAUUAAUCAUGUGGAAAAAGCAUGUUUUCUCCCAGUGUUCAUACUUUAAAUACAGAACAAAACUACAAGUACAACCAAAGUAUCUGAGAGGUCCACUAUGUUCCACAGACCACUGCGCUAGUUAUUGCUACUCCCCCCCAUGUCUUAAUUUUAAAAAGGAUCGUUUUAAUGGACAAUUUCAGGAUCUUGUCACUAAAAUCAUCCAGCCGCAUCGAAAAUAAUCAACUCAUCUCAGAGAAGACUUUCAGUGAUCCAAUGACUAGUUCAGGUGGUCGUAUUCAGCAGAGCAGAUGGGAAACACAUGAGUCAUUUCAGUUUCUGACCCACAGCGCUGCGUUAACAGUCCUCUGCUGCUCUCCCAUGUGCUGGAAACUGGGAGAAGCUCUACUGGAGCAUGAAUGACUUUGUACUUUUACCCUUAAUUUCCUUUUAUAACUUAAAUCCUUGUUACCAUGGACAACCACUCAUCAAGUUUGUUGGUUCCUGUGCCAACAUCUGUGGUAACUGCAGUUUUCUCCUUGUAAUUUAGUCUCGGUCUUUAGCCAUGCUAGCAAUGUGGCAAUGUUGCUCAAUUAUUCCACCACUGGGGUCCAAACUGAAAUAUCUCCACAAAUAUUAGAUGGAUCAGAAUGGGAUCUGCUUACAGACAAUAAUGGUGCCCCAAGAAGCCUACUGACAAGUCUGAUCUAAUGACUUGUUAUUGCGUUAUUGCGAGCAUAUUAGUGUUCUGACAUUAGCAUUUAGCUCACAACCCAGCCGCCUAGAAUAAAAUGUUGGCUUGUACGUUUCUGCAUUGAAUGUCAACAUUCCUGACCCCAAAACGUGUUUCAUUUCAGCAUUCGCUAGCAUGGCAGAAGACUUUUAAUCUUGUUAUUUAUUAAUUAUUAUUUAUCUAUAAUAAAGGGUGACUGAAGAGUCCACAAUGGCCACCAACUAAACUAGUAUCAAAAUGGUUGGUUCCCUGCUUUGUAGGCAUGAUGAAGGACAGCUGUAUUUUGAAGAAAGACAGCGCGUGUUGGUUUUAAGCUAACGAACAUUUAGAAGAAACUCUUAUUUAAAAAGGGUUUGUCUUCAGUUUUAUGGCAAAUGAUUUUGUAGCCUAGACGGAAAGCAAAGUGAAGGUAUUUGACUAAUAGAAAUUGUUUAGCUGCCUGUUGUGGGGACCAUGCAUUGUAUUGCUUUGGUUAAACCGAACAUAAAUAAUGAAGUGUUCUAUACAUCUGUAUGUGGUAACCCUCCUCUCCAUUCCUGUGCUCCUUCUGUAUUAUUUUCUUUACUCCGGUGGUUCCACAGACAGAUUUUUUUUCUGUUUUGUCCAAGUUUGAAGUGAAAUUGUCUAUAUAUAACAUGAGCAAAGCAUUUAUUAAGAUGCAGAGGAGGCCAGCUUUUGUUUUUAAUGUCUGCAUUUUUGAUAAUUAAUCAAAUUGCUGACAAUUUAAAACUCUGAUGGCCUCAGUGCCAUGCAGAAACAAAUUAUUUCCUUAUUGUGCUAUAUGUGCCAUUGUAGUAUUCACAUUUGUCCUGUACAGUUAUGUUUUAGACAUUUGGCUGACGGACUCAUCCAGGGCAAAGCAAGGAACGUGGUCGUAAAGGGGCUCGAACCUGUGACCCCUCUGUUAAAUGGCGGGAAACACACUUAAAUCUGAGCAGAAAUAAAUGCUUUUUGGUCUACUUUAAGGGUUUGUGAAUUACUAGAAUGUAAACUUCAGGAGAACUUUUCUGUAUGACAGUUGUAUUUUAAUUAACUGUUCCGUGUUGCCUUCCAUUCAGCUAAACGUUUGAAUUUUGAAUCUCCAAAACCAUAUCUUUGGCUGUUUUGCCAAACGCUAGUAAUCACAUGUAUUUAAAACAUUAUUUUUUUUUAUAAAUAAACAAGAAUACAGAACUGCA